AGGGCGGCAGGCCCUCACUGCUGCCGCCUGGCUGGGCCCCUCUUUCCAGCCCACGGAGAACAUCACCUUCCAAAUGGAGUCCCAGGUGGCAAAGCAGGAAGAGGAGUUUCAAAAGCCCAAGUACAUCUUCCACGGCUUCAUGGAGAGACUCUGGGCGUACCUGACCAUCCACCAACUGCUGGAGCGAAUGGUUUCCGCAUCCGAUGCUGAUAAGCAGGCCCUGGAGACCCAAGCUCUGGGCUUGUCGCUCAACUAUAGCUUUGUCACCCCCCUCACGUCCAUGGUGGUCACCAAACCUGAAGGCCAAGAACAGUCUCAAGUUGCUGAGAAGCCCGUGGAAAAUGGUGGGUGUGACAGUGGGCUCCUAGCUCUGUGGCAACAGAGUUUUAACCCAGUCUCUCCCCCCAGCCCCUCCCCCACACCCUGACCAAGACCCUAACCCGGCCACACAGACUCCCAGGACCCCCAGGAGAUGCAUCC